AAUGUUCUACUCUUAGGUCUAUACGAAUUUAAAAACUUUCGAUACAGUUGAAGUAAAGCCUUCGUCACAUUAGAAGACCCCUAUCAAAAAAACGAGAUUUUUAAAUAGUUUCUGGACUUUAUUGAUUUUUUUAGCAUAUAAGUUCAUAAUUAUAUCUAAAUUCAAUACGAACAAUAUUUUGCUUCCAUCCUUAUAAUGAAGUAUCAAGUCCGGCGAGUAAAAUCUUGAAAAGCAGCUAAUAGGUAACAAAUGUGCAUUACAGACUGCACUCCUUUCUUAAAAACAUAUCGUGGAGUCAUUUUAGUACUCCGUUGCAGCCUACUCUGAAAACAUUCUUGAGGUUCUAUAACGAAAACACACUUCCAUGUUCGUAGGAUCUAAUAAACACAGUACACAUUCGCGCAUGUAACACAUGAAAAGAUCUUUGUAUAAUAGUAUUAACAGAUUUGGUAAAAUGCUGCUAUGUAUUAAUCAAAAUGCUUCUUCAUCUUCCAGUUUCUUCUAGAAAAUUAGAAACAUUUUCACUGCAAAACAGUCUUUCAUAAUUGAAGAAAACAUAACUUCAUGUAUAUACGUCGUGGUUUGAUAUGUGAGUACUUCUUUUGAGUCUGAGAACGCAUUUCUUUUCUUAAUAACAUCCAAAGGCCUUUUUUCGAAACAAACACAAAAGAAAACACAAAGUCGGUAUUCAAAUGCUGAUUUUCUAUAAAUAGUUUCUUCACAAGAGAACCGUAUUCAUUGAAGUUAUUAACCAGUCGAAUUAAAUAAGUGUGAUAAAAAAAAUUAGUUUUAUUUUUUACAUGUAGUUAGUUAUUGAAAAGUUAAAAUCCCUAGAGGAAGUACUGAGUUCAGGGUACCCAUGUACCGAGAAAGCUCUAGCAGGGUACCCAGUAGGAGUACUUUGAAAAUUCUCAGUAAUUUUACUGAUGUAUGUACUGUUAGGGGUACCCUUAAAAGUACAUUCACUGAAUAAGUACCUGCAUGGAUACACAAGUCUGUAACUUUACUGAGGAAAGCUCGACAAGGUAUCCUAAAUUUUUCGCGUUCUGUGUGGCGACUAUUCAUUCACCGUUUUCUUUUUUACGUACGGCUCUAUAUAAACAACUCGAUAAAUCAUAAGAAAAUAAUCAAUUUUCAUACUAGUUUUUUCUAAAUUAUUUCUUGACUAUUUCUUAGUCGAGGAAAUGCUGAGCUUGGUCGUAAAUUAAGAUCGGACUACCCUGAAGUGGUCUACGACCAACUCAAGUUGAGUCGGAUCUCGAAAUUGUUCCUGCUAAGUUUUUGGAAUUGAAAAAAUUAAAUUGAAUAAAGUAAAAAAAAAAUCUAGUAAAUUAUCUCAAGAAAAAGAAAAAAUUUUAAAAAGUCAAAGAUCAGGUUCGAUCCUGAACAUACUGAAAAUUUGGUAACAGGGUACUUAGAAAUACUAUACAAUGGUACCCAAUUCAGUACUUGAUCAGUACCUUUAGGUACUCAAUUACUGUGCAUUCUCCAGCAGGGUACUUGCCAUAGUACCACUUAGGUACCUGUAAGUACCUGCAAGUACUUUGGUACCCAAAAGUUCCUGUGACAUACUGGUAUCAGGGUACUUUUUUGGGUACCCUUAACUCAGUAUAUUCUCUAGGGAAUGCUCCUUGUUUUUACUUAUGAAAUUUUCCUGUAGUUUAAAAAGUUUUUCUUAGCAUGUCAACUGUCAAUCUACAAAUCGAUGUUUAAUCAAUAGAAAUAUAAUACUUCGAUGUCUUGUACAAAAUUUAACUGAAGAUGCUAUAUUAACAUGCACGAUGGAAUGUCAUUUUAUCAUUAGUGAAUGGAACACGAGAAUUCUUCUUCGAAUUUUAACUAAUACUCAACAAUUACCUGAUCAAAUCGAUAUGAGAUUAGUUUCUCUUGUAUUCAAUUAUCUUCAUGUAUUUAUGCAUAUUAUGGAAUAUGAUAAUCAGUCAAAAUAA